AUGGAAAGAGCUAAUGCCACCACCUCCUCUGGAUUCAUUCUCUUGGGCUUCUCUAGCAGACCUCAUGUGGAAACUGUUCUCUUUGUGGUAAUUCUGAUCAUCUACUUUUUGAGCUUCCUAGGCAAUGGCACCAUCAUACUUUUGUCAAUUUUGGAACCUCGUCUCCACACCCCUAUGUAUUUCUUCCUCUCCAACUUGUCUUUUAUGGAUCUUUGUUUAACUACUUGUACUGUCCCUCAGACACUGGUUAAUUUCAAAGAGAAGGACAAGACCAUCACCUAUGGAGGCUGUGUGACCCAGCUCUUCAUCGCCCUGGGCCUUGGAGGAGUGGAAUGCAUCCUCCUGGCCGUCAUGGCCUAUGACCGCUAUGCAGCUGUCUGCCGCCCUCUCCAUUACAUGGUCAUCAUGCACCCCCAGCUUUGCUUGCAGUUGGUUAUAAUUGCUUGGCUUAUUGGCUUUGGCAAUUCUGUGGUGCAGACAGCAUUGACCAUGACUCUCCCUUUCUGUGGUAAAAACCAAGUGGAUCAUUUCUUCUGUGAAGUUCCAGUGAUGCUGAAACUGGCCUGUGCCAAUACCUUCAUCAAUGAGGCUGAACUCUUUGCUGUCAGCGUCUUCUUCUUGGUGGUACCUCUGUCACUCAUCCUAGUGUCCUAUGGUCACAUCACCCGUGCAGUCCUGAAGAUAAAGUCAGCACAGGGGAGACGGAAAGCCUUUGGAACCUGUGGCUCUCACCUCCUGGUCGUGAUCAUUUUCUUCGGGACCCUCAUCUCCAUGUACCUCCAGUCUCCCUCCAGUUACUCACAAGAUUUGAACAAAAGCAUUGCACUGUUCUAUACUUUGGUGACUCCCCUGUUGAAUCCCUUGAUUUACACUCUUAGGAACAAGGAAGUCAAAGGGGCAUUAAAGAGAUUAGUGGAGAGAACCAUAGACUCAAGAGAAAGUUAA